AAGCCCAGCAAAGAGGUCUGGGAGAGGGAGGGUCCCGCAGAGACGCAAAGUCCAGGACUCCGGAGGGGCUAUUUCCUGCAGCUCCGUGGGGACUGUCUCACGCCGUCUAAGUUUGCUCUGAGGGAAUUUAGCCCCAAGACAGGAAGAAGAGGCUCUCCAGGAGGCCCGGGGGCCCACUCAGCUUAUCGCUCCCCACCCCCGCUCCACCUGCAUUUCAAUGCCCCGCAGGUCGCGGGCUGCUGCUCUUCCGAAGGCGGCGGAGGACCAGGGGCGCCCUCGUCACCGCUGACUCGGACCCGCGUGGACCACGCCUGAUCGGUGCGCCCAGAGCGUCCCGGUGCGCUUCAGCCCGUUUCAGGUCCUCGAGAGGCAGCCCCGGCCGGGAUGGUCCCGGGCCGGGCGGUGGCCGGGCUCCUACUGCUGGCGGCCGCGGGCGUCGGAGGCACGGCGCUGGGGCCCGGGCUCGCCUUUAGCGAGGAUGUGCUGAGCGUGUUCGGCGCGAAUCGGAGCCUGUCGGCGGCGCAGCUCGCGCGCCUGCUGGAGCAGCUGGGAGCCGCCCCCCAGGAGGGUGUCGCCGAGCCCGGCCGGCUGCACUUCAACCAGUGUCUGUCAGCUGAAGAGAUCUUUUCCCUUCAUGGCUUUUCAAACGCUACUCAGAUAAGCAGCUCUAACUUCUCUGUCAUCUGUCCAGCAGUCUUACAGCAAUUGAACUUUCAUCCUUGUGAGGAUCUGCCCAAUCACAAAACCAAACCAAAUAUUUCAGAAGUUUGGGGAUAUGGAUUCCUGUCAGUGACAGUUAUUAAUUUGGCAUCUCUCCUCGGAUUGAUUUUGACUCCACUGCUAAAGAAAUCUUACUUCCCUAAGGUUUUGACCUUUUUCGUGGGUCUGGCUAUUGGGACUCUAUUUUCAAAUGCCAUUUUCCAGCUUAUUCCAGAGGCAUUUGGAUUCAAUCCCAAAAGUGACAACUAUGUUGAGAAGGCAGUUGCUGUGUUUGGUGGAUUUUACUUGCUUUUCUUUUUUGAAAGAGUGCUUAAGAUGUUAUUAAAGACAUAUGGUCAGAAUGAUCACACUCACUUUAGAAAUGAUGACUUUGGUCCUUCUCAUGAGAAAACUCAUCAACCUAAAACAUUACCUGCCAUCAAUGGUGUGACGUGUUAUGCAAAUCCAGCUGUCACAGAACCUAAUGGACAUAUCCAUUUUGAUAACGUCAGCGUGGUAUCUCUACAGGAUGGAAAAACAGAGUCAAGUUCGUGUACCUGUUUGAAGGGACCCAAACUGUCAAAAAUAGGGACCAUUGCCUGGAUGAUAACACUCAGUGAUGCCCUCCACAAUUUCAUUGAUGGCCUGGCGAUUGGGGCUUCCUGCACCGUGUCUCUUCUUCAGGGACUCAGUACUUCUAUAGCGAUUCUGUGUGAAGAGUUUCCUCAUGAGUUAGGGGACUUUGUGAUCCUACUCAGCGCAGGAAUGAGCACUCGGCAAGCCUUGUUAUUCAAUUUCCUUUCGGCGUGUUCCUGCUAUGUCGGGCUAGCUUUUGGCAUUUUGGUGGGCAACAAUUUUGCUCCAAAUAUUAUAUUUGCCCUUGCUGGAGGCAUGUUCCUCUAUAUUUCUCUGGCGGAUAUGUUUCCAGAGAUGAACGAUAUGCUGAGAGAAAAGAUAACUGGAAGAAAAACCGAUUUUACUUACUUCAUGAUUCAGAAUGCUGGGAUGUUAACUGGAUUCACAGCCAUUCUGCUCAUUACUUUGUAUGCAGGAGAAAUCGAAUUGGAGUAAUGGGAAAUGAAAGAUGGUGUUGUUAAUGAAGGCAUUUAAUAAAUAAAAACAUCUCCAAAGGGAUUUUUAAGCUGAUCCUAUUUAGUUAAAAGAUAAUUUUGUUUUCAACUGUAGGUCAAGAAAACUGAUUAUUGGUUUCAGAUCUGUUAAAUAGGCCGUUAUUUGUUGUGAGAAUUGCUUCAAAGUGGUUUUGGUUCCCUUCGGAAAGGCUGGUAUUCAGGAUCUUUGGUCAAUACUCACUUCUUCAUGUUUCAUGCAUUCUACAAUCAUUUAGACACCCAGACCCAGAGGAAAAUACAAGCUAGGUCGUAUAAGCCCUUAAACCUCCAUGGCGGGCUCAAAAGCUCAGGCGGUUUCAGAGUGGUUUUCUUUCAGUUAAUUUGUUCCAGUGCUUUUCAUUCAAAUGUAGAAGAGGAUUGGCAUGUAUA